AUUAACCAGGCCCUGGGCUGCUGCUCACAGCAGCAGACGGUGGGCAGACUGCGGUCCAAGAGCUGGGAUGGCUUAUAACGUCGUCAGGUCGGGAGCUGCAUGCGGGUCAUAAUAAGCUUCUGUACGAUGUGCGCACGGCUCCCAAAAGUUUGGUACACCAGUGUCAUCCGGGUCUGCUGUCUCUGCUGCGAGUGCCGACUUGGCCAGUUGUGGCGUCGGCCAGAGGCCAAUCAGUCCGUCGACGGUCGUCGUUCUGCACGUGCAAAUGCCUCCACCGUGCAGGCCUAGAGAAACGGUGUCUUGAUGUCUUCUGGAGCUUACCCCAGGUGAUUGGAGGGCCGUCGAGUCAACCCCGAUCUAGCUGCUCUGUCAAAUCUACUCAGCAUGGCCAGGGUGUCGAGGUUCAGAGAGGCUUCUUGCGCUUUGCACCGGUCGAUCUGAUGGCGUGUGCCGGGCCAAGGAUCCGCCUGAUUUCAGCUUUUGCAGACCCAAAACUGUGUCUGUGUCUUGCGCCGAUCUGAGAGCCUCCAUGCGAACUGAAGAGCGCUCAGUCCACCUGCAGGACGCCAGGCACAAGAAAGGUUGACCCAAAGUCCAGCCAGAGGCGGGGUUUUGAUACCAUCCAUCGGGACAAACUACUCGUCCUUGUGUCUCGUACGAUCUGAACCUAGCCCGAUACCUCGUCCUGCUGUCCGCCUGCAGAGUCGACCAACUGUCUUCCUCUGCAAAGGAUUCCCCUGCAAAGUAUUUCUGGAAGUCAAUCGCCUUCAAAACCAAGCGUCCGCUUUAAUCGACUCCAGCGUUGGGAAUUUCUCUCUUCAUCGCCGUCGUCUUCUUCAUCUCCUCCUCCUCUUCUUCCUCCACCACCACCACCAACACCACAUCUUCCUUCUCCUCUUCCUCCUCCUCCUCCUCCUCCUGCCCCUCUCCUUCCUCCCACCAUCUUGGAUUACACCUCCUGGUCAGGCGCUGCUUUGGGUCGGGCGUUUUACGGUAAUUCUUUCUCUUACACUUCAGAAGAAAGCGCCUCGGUUUGCUUUGCACAGAGGCGCAAAUCUACGGGUACUUCUUCCUAUAUACCACCGAGCGGCGGGUAACAAGCUGCUUACGAGGCACCGGUGCCUCUUUUACGUCCAACCACUCCCCUUCUGGCUCUCGUCCUUCUUGUUACGCCUCCUUCUCUUCUCCCACCAGCCCAUCCUUUCGCCCCCGGGGCUGCGCUUCUGACCAUUUCCGCUUUCGAGCCGGUCGCUUGCGCCCGAAAUCCACGUGGACGACAAGACUUUGACACUUUCAGUUCUUCUGUCGCUCUGCCGGGAAGCGAACGUUCUGACUUUCGGUUGCUCCCCCACCUUGCUUCUUCACGGCAUGGAGCUCUAGAAAUGACUUUGCGCCUAAACUUUAUCAGAGCCCCCAAGCUUUCGCCAAUCUCGCAGGAGCGUUCGUGAAGAAAGAAAAGAAGAGUCUGCUGAGGAAACCUCGAUGACUGUUCGCAUCUCUGGCAAGACCCCGCCGUAUCACCACUCCACGGUCCACAAUAUUUCCCAAUCCACAAAGUCUCCAGCUUUCCUCCAUUCUGGUUGAAGAACCUCUUCCCCUACCUUCCAGCAACAGGUCUCUCGGCACCAGCCUGUAAAGUCUGAUUUAGAACGUCGAAAAGCUCGCGCUGAAUAUCCUUGGUUCUGAAUCUUGCACUACACCAGUUAUAUUCUGCCCUUGCAUUCUCUUGUUUAGCCUGGCUCCGACCGGUCCACACCGACGCAAACCUCCACAACGUAGCGUUUGGUACAACCCGCGAGCAAACACUUACUAUCGCUGCGUGUGAACAGGCCGGAAACGUCACGAUGAACUACGGUACCGUCAACUGGGGAUAUCAGUAUCCGCAACAGUAUCCAGCGCAGUUCGCAGCGAGCGGUCAACUGCCUUAUCCAUCCAGCGCCUUCAACCCUCACAUGCUACCUGUUCCGCAGCAGACGUAUCGCCAGCUCGAACCGUAAGUUGAGCCGAAUUUCUCUCGGCGCACAUUGUAGGCAAAGCGCAAGUGCCGGACGUCUAGCAAUGCGCGCAAAAAGCCGACUCGUUUGACUUCCAAAUGUUCACUUCGAGUACGACAACAGCCGGAAGAGGCAGCUCUGACAAUGAGCAAGAAGGAAAAGUCGCGCAAGCCGAUUGACCCGCCUCCCGUCCUUCAGUUUUUCGUGGAAGAACCUGCAGACCCUCAGAAGUUGUACAUGAACAGUCCAAAUCUGUUUUGCGUGGCCCAUCUGAUUCGCGCGGAUGACGACACGCCCUACAAAACACACAACAACGAGCCCACGCUGAUCGGAAAUCUCUGCUCCUCCAUCCACAGACUGAAGGAUCCAGAAGGAGGCGAGUUCGGCUACUUUGUCUUCGGCGACAUCUCCGUCCGGGUGGGCGGCAGCUGGAGGCUCAUGUUCACUGUAUUCGACAUCCAACCGGACGGCGGCACCGGCGCCGCAAGGAAACUGGCAACCGUCGCUACGGCCCCGUUCAUCGUGCACAACAGCAAGGAAUACAAGGGCCUUCGCGAGUCGUCGCUUUUGACGCGCACGUUCUCGGACCAGGGCGUCCGCCUGCGUCUGAGAAAGGAGCCGCGAGGCAACGGCUCGAAGCGCAAGGCGGGCGAGGCCACGCCCGAAUCGGACGACGAAGAGGUCGACAAGCGCCAGCGAUACGAGGACUUCACAGAGCCCCAGACGGGCGCGUACGCCGGCCCCGUGCAGCCGCCCGACACCACGCCUCUGCAGCAUCAGGCGAGCCCGUCGCCCUACUCGACGUACCAGGCAGCCUCCCUCCCCUCCACCGUGGGCUACUUCCCGCAUUCACAGUCGUCCUCGCAGGCCCAGUCGGACUUUAUGGCCUCGACCUUCCGCACCGCCUCGAGCUCCAUGUCCUCCAACUUCGGCGCGGUCGGCAGCGGCAUCAGCACCGACAGCUUUGCGUCCAGCCCCUUCACGGGCGCCGGCGGCGCCGUCGGCGGGAGCGACGCAACAGACGCCUCCAGCUUCGGUCACCAGAUCGACUCCGGCUUGCCCCUCCAUCCCAUCAGCAGGUACCAAGAGCAGCUGCGAGCGCAUCGCGACGUUCUCCUCAACGCUUCGCACUUCAACGGCUCACAUCUCAACGGAUCCCCGGGCUAUUGAACCGUGGCUGAGAAUGUACGUGAAUCGCCGGGUCCUAUUCGCAAUUCGAACCAAAAAUUACCUUUUUUUUUUCAAAGAAAAAAAAAUUUUAGGAAGGACAACCAUGUUACAUAUAUACAAUAUUCGGCGUGCUAACCAUGGGCUGGGUGUGGGUGGGCAGCAUUAGAACAGCGUUCUCUGGGAAAGAGACGAACAAAAAGGGACAAGGGCCACGGGAGUUUUGGGCGCGCAAUUUGCAUUGUGACGGUGUACAGGUAGCGGAAAGUCUCACUUCUAGUCGAACAAGCCAUAAU